AUGUACAACGGAACAACAUCACAAAUAAAAGUGGGGAAUAAAUUAUCAGAGAAGUUUGCUGUUAAUAAAGGACUGCGUCAGGGUUGUUGCGUGUCGCCCACUUUAUUCAAGAUUUAUAUUGCCAAAGCCCUAAAUCAAUGGAAGCGUAAGUGCAAAGGCAUGGGAAUUGAUCUUGGGGAGAUGUGCCUGUAUACUCUGCAAUUUGCAGACGAUCAGGUCAUCAUAGCCAACGAUAAAGAUGACAUAGAGUCAGAAAAUUACAAAAAAGGGUACCAACGAUGGGGCUUAGAAAUUAGUAUUCAGAAGACGAAAUACCUUCCUAUAGGAACUAACCUUUCGAAUGUCCAACUAGAAAAUGACGAGGCAAUUGAAGCAUGUGACGAAUAUUCCUAUCUAGGAGUUAUUUUCGAUACUACAGGAAAAGAGGAUAAAGAAAUAAAGAAGAGAAUAACUAGAAAAACGAUAGGAUGCCUCAAUGGAAUAUUUUGGUCUCAACAAAUAGGUAAACAACGAAAAUACAACAUAUAUGAAACAAUCAUCAAAAGCGGACUUUUGUAUGGAGCCGAGACUUGGCGAAUAACAGAAAGGAACAGAAGGAAACUUGAAGCGGUGGAGAUGGAUGUAUUCAGAAGAUCCUUAGGAAUAUCUCGUGGAGACAGAGUUAGGAAUGAAGAGGUUAAACUGCGAAUGGGUGUAGAAGGAUCGUUAACAACGGAGAUUGAGAGAAACCAGCUGAUAUGGUACGGGCACGUCCAGAGAAUGCCGAACACAAGACUACCUAAGAGAGUGAUGGAGUGGAUACCGAUGGGACGAAGGAAAAGGGGGAGACCAAGAAAGACAUGGAAAGAGGGUGUAUCGAGGGCUAUGAGCGAGAGAAGCCUUACAGAAGAUCAAUGCAGUGACCGAAGGACGUGGAAAUUGGGCAUCGGACAACGUCGCAAGACGUUUUGA